AUAUUUUAUUGGAAGAAAAGUGUGUACUACAUUGAAUGGAGCUUUGCACGUUCCUAAAAUAUUCUAUGCACGUAGAAUAAGAAGAAGAAAAUUAUAAACUAAUUGUUUGAUUUUUAAAUGGUAAACUUAAUUUAUUUUGAUGUCCUAAAUAUUAUGAUUUUUUGUGUAAGGAAAACUUUAAUAAGUAAAGUUUUAAUUGACUUCAAAAUAGUAAGUAUUAUGGGAAUAAUUAAUGACUAUUUUGUCUAGUGCGAACUCUAUUUUAAAGGGAUAAAAAAGACGACCGGCAUUUCGCUAAGGGCCUUCAUGCUUUUAAUAUAGUAUAGAUAUAGAUAUAAAUUUGUUUCAUUGAAUUCUUAUUACUUUUUCGUGUUGACCGUGAUACACCCGAGAUUACAAACAAGAAAUUAAUAAGAAAACCCAAUCUUCUAAGGUGUUAAAAGAGAAGAUCUCCUGAACAAAGACCGAAAAGAGAAGAGACGAAUUCAGUGAAGAAGAAGAAGGGAAAGAGAUUCCAUUUCAUCAUAUGAAUGUGUACAUUUGAAUUCCCUAUCUAUUUCCAACUAAUCACUGUAAAAAUCCCUAAGGACCUCCCUAAUUCUGUUAACGACCUCCGCCCUUUUUAACCGUCUAACUAACACCUUCAAACGACGCCGUAAGACACUUUUCAUUAGCUACGAACUCACUUAUCUAAACGACAACAUUUUAUUUAUUUUCCCUUAUUCUCUUAUCACUAAACCAAACGACACAAUAUAGCUACUAUUUACAUUUCAGAGUAUAUCAGACUGAUUAAAAUUAGUUUGUAAACUAUCAUAACCAAUAUUUACUAUUCACAUCAUUAGCCUGGAAACACUAACAUAUGAGAUGAGUGCAGAUGUUUGCAAUUAAUAUGGGAUGGACGCAUAAUUGAUUAUUUGAUUAAUAGCUUGAUCAAUCUGACUCUAAAAGAGCGGAAAGUAUCAGACAAUUAGGACAGUUGAAAGAAUCAAAAAAAUUAUUUGAUAAGCAGCCAAGAAUGAGAGGAAAAAUUUAUGAAUGCCCUAUCAUGUAUGUGAUACGGUAGUUAAAUAAUUGGGCAUUUUAUUGAGUGAUAGUAAGCUUCUUCAGUAAAUAAGCAUAAAUGGUUCUAAGCUUAACAAGAUACAGACCUAGGUCUGUGCUUAAUUACUUAAGCUCAGAUUGGCCUCACUUGUGCACUGCCUAAUCCCAAAUCAUUGCUUAACUAACAUGUAAAACAGCCAACUUCUGAUCUUACUUACCCCUUCCUUGUACUGUGAUCGAUUUAUUACUGCAAUUACCCUUUGUUGGCUAUAUUUUAAAAAAAAAUAUUGGCUGAAGCAUAUAUGUGCUAAUUCUAUCAUUACCUGUUUGUCUUGAAAAUUGAUUAAGGCUGCUGAGGUUGCCGAUCAAGUCAAUCAGUGGGCUAAAAUGGAGACAAAUGGUCUUAUCAAAGAGAUUCUUCCUCGCGAUGCAGUGAACAACAUGACAAGGCUGAUCUUGUCCAAUGCACUAUAUUUCAAAGGAGAAUGGAAUGAGAAGUUCGAUGUGUCAGAAACGAAAGAUCAUGACUUCCAUCUCCUCAAUGGAGGGUCUAUUCAAGCACCAUUUAUGACUAGCAAGAAGAAGCAGUACAUAGCAGCGUUUGAUUGCUUUAAAAUAUUGAGGCUUCCUUAUAAACAAGGCACGGAUACGCGUCGCUUCUGUAUGUAUUUCAUUCUCCCAGAUGCCCAUGAUGGAUUACCUGCUUUACUGGAAAAAAUCAGCUUAGAACCAGGAUUUUUAAAUAACCAUGUUCCAUAUGGAAAAGUUAGAGCGCGCAAGUUUCUUAUCCCUAAAUUUAAAAUAACUUUUGGAUUUGAAGCUUCCAACAUUCUAAAGGGACUCGGCCUCACGUUGCCUUUUUGUGGUGGUAGCCUCACUGAGAUGGUUGAUUCUCCUAUGCCUCAGAACCUGUCUGUUUCACAGGUUUUUCACAAGUCUUUCAUUGAGGUAAAUGAGGAAGGAACCGAAGCUGCAGCUGUUACCGCUACUGUAAUAAUGACCAUGUCCUUGAUUAUUGAGAAGGAAAUGGAUUUUGUUGCGGACCAUCCAUUCCUAUUCCUUAUAAGAGACGAAUCUACUGGUGCGGUGUUAUUCAUUGGCAGUGUGAUGAAUCCUCUAGCUGGUUAACCUACGUGAAAUGUCUGAAUUCAAAUUAUAGCAUGGACGAUAGAAAGCUUUAUAUUAGCAUUGAGAGGAGUGUUAUAUUUGCAGAGAAUGAUAUAUUUAUCAUCUAUUAGGACUAAGUUGAGUGGUGCUACAUAUUUUCCGGAAACAGCCUCUGCCUUCUUGAAGGUAUGAUCCUCCCCAGACCCCAGUUGUAGGAUUACACUUUUUUUAUUUGUUGUCAUUGUUGUUGUUGUACCCUUAUGAUGAAACCUUAAUUCAUAUAUCUCUGGCAUCUUAUAUAA